AGAUAGAACAUGCCACGUCAUCAAAGGGCAAAAAUCAAGCCGGUCAAGGAAGUACUGGACGAUUCUGAAAGAAAUUCAGUCAACGAUUUGGCAAUAAAACCAAUUAAUAAAGCUAAAACGACUACACGUUCGGGAAGAGUGGUCAAGAAAACUCCAGCAACUGUUGAAUGGGAAUCCCAAAGCCCAAAAAAAUCUACAGUUAAAUCGAAUAAUGUCACAACGCCAAAUCAGAAGAAAAAUCUGGAUCAGCUGAAUAUUUCAGAACAAAUGGACGCUCUCACGCCAUUCUCUUCGUCGCCCGAUCUGUCUGAGAGCGAGCUCUUCGGACCAACUCCAAGCCACAUCAACCCAAAUACUGGUCAACGAUAUUGUAUGGCAGAUUACGACUUCGAGGGUGAGGACAGGAGCUCGAUUGUUGCGACACCUCAAGUGAAACGGUAUAUGGAAAGUUUGAAAAGAGAUCGUACCCAUGACGAAACGAGCACAAGACAGGAAAGACCACAGAAAAGAGACUUGUUCGCCAAAGACGUUUCCACGCCGACUGCAAAGGUUCCUGCAUUCCAACGACAUGAAAAAAACUCCAACAACCAAACGAAACACCUCGUGGAAGAUGUUAAUAACGGGGCUUCAACAUCGUCAGCUGCAAACAAAACAAAAACUGAUCAAAGAACGAGUGCUACUACAGGUUUCCGAAGGAGAUCCGAAAGUCCAAUUGAAUUUUUGGGUUGCAUAUUAAGAAAUCAUCCAGUGUUAAACAAUCAGAGAUCUUGUGCAAAUGCUGCAGCCAGAUACAACAAAAAUGUCCCAAGUUUGCCUCUCAAUACUCCAAAACCAAUCACCCCUGUUGUUAUAACUGAAUGUGCAUCGAACACAAAUGGUAGUUGCUCAUUAGCCGAAGACAUGCCUAGUGCAUUGCCCGUGCCAACUGCACAAUCUUCCAAAUCCCCAAAAGAAUCGUCAAAAGAACCGCCAAAAAGUUUGUGCCCUGCUAUCAAUAGAAGUGAUUUGCCACAAACUCCCCAACUAGCAAAAGUUGACGAGAACACUGAUAUGAACAGCUCAUCUGAUCUGCCAAGAAAAACUCCGAGGAGAAGCUGUGUCCGUGGAACAUACAAAGACCUAGUCGAUUCCGACGGUGAAGAGGAUAAGGAAAAGAAAACAAAAAUGGAAAUGGAAAAAGAAAAGGAAAAAACACGAAAAAAAGAAGAGAAUAACAAACGAAAAGAAAAGAAAGAAGCAGAGAAGUUACUGGAACGAUCAUACAAGAGAGCUGAACAAGCGCGAGUUCGUUAUGAAAAAACUGGAAUAAGGCUGGAAAAACGAAGACAGCUGGAAGAGAAAAGAAGGAGGAGACAAGAAGAGUUAGACGAUAUUCGUCGUCAAGGCGAAUACAAACGUGAUCAGAUUCUAGAACGCAAGAAGAAACUGAAAGAAAUUAAAGAUCAGAAAGAAUUUGAAAAGGAUCACAGAAAUCAGUCUCAAAAACGAUUGGAUAUUCUUCGUGAAAGAGUAGAGAAUGCGAUAAAAGAAAACGACGCACAAUUAUUGUAUUCAAUAAAUUGUCGCCUAAGAGCUAGGUCCGAACCACCAUCUUUUACUCGAAAUGCUCUACUUGUGCCCAUCUCCUCACCAAGUGACAAAGCCUACCGGGCAACAUAUUUUGGAACUUUAAAUCGAGCUGUGGAAUUGAUGACGUCAUCUCCGGAACAAGUGUUGGAUUUUGCCGAGAAGGCAAGCAAGUUGUCAUCAACGCAUUAUUUCAAUUCAAUAAAAGAUCCAUUCUUUGAAGCCAGUCUGAAGAGAAAAGCUUGGUCGGCAGAUGUAGACUGGGGACAACUUCCCGAUGCCGAUUGCCGCUUAAAAUUUGACGAGGCAGAUUCGCUUCUGUUAGUGAAAAAGUAUUGGCUCCCAGAAGUCCAGAACAAGCUUCCUCGAUAUUUUAAGCGAGGAUUGUCAGAAAUGUCGACAAAGAGUACGCAAGACAAUGUUCAAGAGUUUGUUGAGCAGUUUGGAAUGGUGUCUCUUCGUCGAAUAAAACUUCCAACUGUUCAAUCGAAUAAUCUUCAGAGAAAGAGGCUUGCAUUAAAGGCAAAAUACUUUGUCGACAAAUUCUUGUUCUUGUUGAAACUUUGGAAAAAUGGUCACCCAGACAACUACUAUCCGAGAGUUGUCGAGUACUUCUUUUUUGUUAUCCAGAAAAUAUCUAGUGGAAGAGAAGAAGAUGAAGACUUUCUGAAAAACAACUAUGAAGUGCCAAGAGAUCUCAUGUUUUGGCUACCAAUUCAUCUUGGCAAUUUGCAAGAUUCUACUCAUGUUCCACGUGAAGAGCUAAUUGAUUUGGCUCGUGAGCUCUUUGCUAUUCUGCUUGACGAAUGGGCUACAAGCUUCGUGACAGAAGAGGAACUAGAAGCUCUCUAUAGACUUCAACUCGCAUCAUUAAGACUUGAAUGUUACUCGGUUACAUUGAAAGAUUCUUUUCCAUUUUGGAAACAAGCGAAUCCGGUGGGUCUUAUUGAGCAGACGAAUCAGUCAGAGAAAACAGCCGAGAGAAGAAGGUCACGUAGAAAGACUCGAAAUGCGAAUCGAAGUUUACUUGACACCAGUAUCUGCCAAAAUGAACAACCAACUUCGUCUGGACGUCGUAGACAUCACUCAUUCUCUGAGUUCACCGAUUGUGCAAAAAUUACAAAGAAGCCACCAUCACCUUGGCCCGGAGCGAGGUUUGAUGUAGAAUCCCCUUACGGCGAACAUUGUUAAUUUUCUCAUAGAACAGUUUUUUGGGUGUGUUUCAUAACUUAUCAUUUUUUAUUUAUAUUUAAGACUUCUUUCAAUUUUUUCUACAAAUUCAUAACUUAUUUUUUCUCCUACCCAUUUUUUGGCUUUAACUUUCGAUUAAUAGGUUUUUUUGUCAUUUGUUUUCACAUCCAGUACAUUUCUACUUGUCAUUUGUUUUCGUCCGAAACGGUACGUCGAUUGACUUAAAUAAAAUAAUUUGCGUUUU